UUAUCAGUCCGAGCCUGUAGGUCUUAGAGAGCGCCCUGUUUGACGAGAAGCUGGAUGGUACGCGCAGAGUUCUAAAUGCAUUAGAAUGUCUGCGGUGGCUUCAAUGCAGUGAGAACACUGAGGUUAUGCUGCCCAAAAGUUGUCUGAGUCCCAGCGAGAAAGAGAAGGGCUAAAGCCGCACCAGUCCAAACCAGAGCCUAAAAGCAAGCAACUUCCCCUGCAGAGCCAUGAGCAACCCCAGCACACCGAACAAGGUUACAGAUGCCGUUUCUUCAGUUGUACAUGGGCCUGAGGCCUGUGCUUCCUCUCCGCUUCUCCAGCGCCGGCAGGAGGAGGAUGACGAUGGCGACCUGAACAAAGCUUUGGGCGUUCAGCGCUUUCAAAACAUUCUUCGCCCUGCUGCAUCUGUACCCGACGAACUGCUUCACUCCUACCAUGAGGAGGACAUUGAAUAUCACCGUCACUACUCCCGUCACAUUCACCGGCCUCUGUCCAAGCUCCCGACUGAGGGGAAAAAGAAAAAGGGCAGCGGUAGAAGGAAGAAGAGCAAAGAUCAUAAAAGCAGCCGUCCCCCCUCUAGUGGUCCUAUUGAGGAGGGGGAGGAUGAAGAGGAGGAGGAGAGCAUAGAGGCUUCUUCUGCUCUGUCAGAGUCUGAGAAACCCAAAGAUGUUGAGUUUUUCUUGUCAGAUGAUGAUCAGGUGUCCAGAGGAGGAAACUCAACCCGAGAGCUGAACGUCCUUCCUCAGUCCCCUGCAAGAGCAGAAGCUGAAGACGUUUCCACCAUUGAUAAACCCAACUCAGCCAGCUCUCCAAGCCUCACGUCCCACUCUGCUUCACCUGAAAACCCACCUGUGGGUCGGGUCUCCUCCACCAGCCGUAGCUACGACCUGCAAGAGCGACGCCGAACAGGCAACAUGACGGGUGCAGAGCAGGCCAAGUACCAGCGCAUCCCCACGGAUGAGACUGAAGCCCUGACGCUGGCCUCUGCUGAUCUGGAUGGGAUCAAAAGUCAUCGAUUUGAGGAUGUUCCCGGCGUGCGCAGACACCUCGUCAGAAAGAGCACGAAGGGGCAGGUGGUGCACAUUGGUAAAGACCAUAAGGAGCCAACGACUCGCAGCAAAAAGCAAGACCGCACCCCACAUGAGGUUUUUGUGGAACUGAACGAGCUGACGAUAGACAAGAACCAGGAGAUGCAGUGGAAAGAGACGGCUCGUUGGAUCAAGUUUGAGGAGGACGUGGAGGAGGAGACAGACCGCUGGGGGAAGCCUCACGUUGCUUCCCUGUCUUUCCGCAGUUUGCUCGAGCUGAGACGGACCAUCUCCCACGGCGCUGUGCUGCUAGACCUGGACCAGAAGACCCUACCAGGCAUCGCCCACCAGGUGGUGGAGCAGAUGAUCAUCUCUGAUCAGAUCAAAGCGGAGGACAGAUCCAACGUCCUGAGAGCUCUGCUGCUUAAACACAGUCACCCGAGCGACGAAAAGGAGCAUGCUAGCCAUUUCCCCAGAAACAUCUCAGCAGCAAGCCUUGGCAGCCUUUUAGUACACCACUCCGCCAACCACAACCAUCAGAUGGAGCCGUCAGUGACCGACCCCCUCAUGGGCACCGCCAACUCCACAGCGGACAACGACACUCGCAUCGACAUGGACAGAAGUGAAUCACAGCUAAAGGAACCAACUCUGGGGCCUGGCAUGCAUCGAUCCAAGUCCAAACAUGAGCUGAAGUUGCUGGAGAAAAUUCCAGAAAAUGCUGAGGCCACAGUCGUCCUUGUAGGUUGUGUCGAUUUCCUGGAGCAGCCCACAAUGGCCUUUGUGAGGCUCCAGGAGGCAGUGGAGCUGGAGUCUGUUCUGGAAGUACCUGUUCCCGUCCGCUUUCUCUUCGUCCUGCUUGGACCUCCAACCACCAGUAUGGACUACCACCAGAUUGGACGCUCAAUCUCCACCCUAAUGUCUGACAAGCAAUUUCAUGAGGCAGCUUACCUGGCAGACGAAAGGCAGGACCUGCUGAAUGCCAUCAACAGUUUCUUGGACUGCAGUAUUGUUCUGCCACCUUCAGAGAUGGCAGACGACGAGCUGCUGCGCUCUGUUGCACGCUUUCAGAGGGAGAUGCUCCGUAAGAGGGAAGAACAAGAACAAGUUAAACUAGCAAAAGAGCCAAAAAGCUUUGAGGAUAAAGAAGCCCUCCUCAAACCUUCGAAGAAAUCAGACGAUCCCUUAGAGCGCAUGGGCCGCCCCUUUGGGGGGCUCAUAAGAGACGUUCAGCGUCGAUACCCGAAAUACAUCAGUGACUUUAAGGACGCCCUGAACAGCCAGUGUAUGGCUGCAGUUAUCUUCAUCUACUUUGCUGCUCUCUCUCCAGCAAUCACAUUCGGAGGUCUGCUAGGUGAAAAGACAGACGGGUUGAUUGGUGUUUCUGAGCUAAUCGUCUCGACUGCAGUCCAGGGGGUUCUGUUCUGCUUACUGGGAGCUCAGCCGUUGCUGGUGGUGGGCUUUUCUGGACCUCUUUUAGUCUUUGAAGAAGCCUUUUUUAGUUUUUGCAAAGCCAACAGUAUGGAGUACCUAACGGGCCGUGUCUGGAUCGGCUUUUGGCUCAUUAUCAUCGUCGUCAUUACAGUGGCCUUUGAAGGCAGCUUCCUGGUGCGCUUCGUCUCCCGCUUCACCCAGGAAAUCUUCUCCUUCCUCAUCUCCCUCAUCUUCAUCUGCGAGACCUUCAUCAAGCUAGGCAGGAUAUUCAAGGAGCACCCUCUGAAACGCUGCUCCAUCAACACCACCUUAGAUGGACAGAUGUCUGCAGAAAACAUCAGCACGAUGCACAACAGCAGCACCAAUGUCGUCACGGUCACUGGAGAGCCCAACACCGCUCUGCUCUCUCUGGUCCUCAUGGCUGGCACGUUUUUCAUCGCUUAUUACCUGCGCAAGUUCAAGAACAGCGCCUUUUUCCCCGGCAGGUUUCGUAGGGUUAUUGGAGACUUUGGUGUCCCCAUUGCAAUCCUCGUCACGGUUCUGGUGGACUACAGCAUAGAGGACACAUACACUCAGAAACUGAGCGUCCCCAAGGGUUUCUCUGUGACGAGUCCCGACAAACGAGGCUGGAUCAUCAAUCCUUUGGGCUCGGACGGUGAAUUUCCCAUCUGGAUGAUGUUCGCCUGCUGCUUGCCUGCUCUGCUGGUGUUCAUCCUCAUCUUCAUGGAGACUCAGAUCACUACGCUUAUUGUCAGCAAGAAGGAGCGGAUGUUGGUGAAGGGUUCUGGUUUCCACCUGGACCUCCUGCUGAUCGUGGUUCUCGGCGGCUGCUCAGCUCUGUUCGGGCUCCCAUGGAUGGCUGCCGCCACCGUUCGCUCAGUGACCCAUGUCAACGCCCUCACUGUGAUGAGCAAAGCUGUCGCCCCUGGAGACAAGCCCCGCAUCCAGGAGGUGAAGGAGCAGAGGGUCACCGGGCUCCUAGUUGCUGUCCUGGUUGGUUUGUCCAUUGUGAUUGGGGAGCUGCUGCGUCAAAUCCCCCUGGCCGUGUUGUUUGGCAUCUUCCUCUACAUGGGAGUAAUGUCACUUAACGGCAUCCAGCUAACAGAGCGAAUGAUGCUGCUCCUCAUGCCCCCAAAGUAUCACCCUGACCACACUUACGUACGCAAGGUUCGUACAUGGCGCAUGCAUCUGUUCACCUGCAUCCAGAUGGUCUGUCUAGUUGUCCUCUGGUCCGUUAUGUCCACCCAGGCGUCUCUGGCUUUCCCAUUCGUCCUCAUCCUCACAGUCCCUGUCAAAAUGUUCGUGCUGCCUCGCGUCUUCAAUGAAAGAGAGAUGGCUUGUCUGGAUGGCGACGAUGCGGAACCAAAGUUUGACGAGCGUGACUGUCACGAUGAGUACUCUGAGAUGCACAUGCCCGUGUAGCUAUGCUGCCAUGCCUCCCAUCAUCACUGAACUCCACUCAGAACCAGCGGACUCUGGGUCAGAAUCUGCAAAGUAAACAUCGCUGGGCAACAAUAUCGUUGCUUGCGCCUUUUUUAAUAUAUUGUGUGCUGGAUAGCGUCAGAUUUCUGUAGCGCUACAAAACAGUGAAAGAGUGACAAAGUGAAGAGAUUUAGCUUUUUUCAUUACAUUUUGUUUUAUUUAUUUCAGGGGACAGAAGAUUUCUAAUUAAAUAAAGUGAUUACAAGCUAAGAAUGUUGACAUAGCAGUAGAUGUAUGCGCAAAAAUUAUUACCUUUUAGCCCUGAAAGGUUGCUAUGAUUCACAUUGAAUAUGUGGAAAAUAUCUAGGAUACAUUCCUUUAUAUUAACAUGUUGUUAGUUUUUCACAUGUUUUUCUUUCUUUCAAAUCCACUAAGCGCCUUAUGAAGGAAACGAUAUACUGAGCUGUUUUUUCCUCCUCAUUCUGUCUUAUUGUAGACAGUCAAUCACUUUAAACAUGAAGGUUGUAGCACUUUUUAUAAGAAACCAAAUCUUAACUGUUUGACUAUUUUAUUUUAGUGUUCUUGAAAACCUCUGGAAUAAUAUCGCUUUAGGUGAGGAAUUUUACUUCAUUUUUUAAUUUAUGAGUUAUUUUAAAACGGAUGCUGCAGUUUAAAUCAUCUGAUUCAGUGCGUGCAGUGACGCAAGAUCACCAGCAGAGGGGGAUCUUGGGUUAUUCACCAAAAAAAAGCAGUUUUAUUGUUGUAUGAAUGCCACAUGUUCUUGUUUCUCAUCAUGCAGAGUUAAUUUUUGUUAUUUAAAUGGCACGGAGGUUUCACAAACACACUCUAAUCAUCUCAAUGCACAUGUACAGGACACUAAUGUUCGAAUAUUUUCUGUUUUACACUCGGUGAGUUGGUUUCUGGGAAAAUGCUGUUAAUUUAUUACUACUUGUCCAAGUGCCAAAUAUCUACUGUGUGUGUAGCGGUCAGAAGAAUAAGCUGUAGCAGGUUGGUCGUCUUCUGAUUGUCAACGCUUUUACCCAUUUUAACUCUAAAACAUUCCAGAUUUUAACUUUGAUUUAUUUAUGGUUUUAUCAUUUCAGUUUCAGCCAUAUUUCCAUGUAGACGGUGCAGAAAAUGCCAAUGAACGAACUCUGUGAUGAAAGGCUUUAAAACGAUGUACUUUUUAAAACGGUUUCCAUCAUGCUGCGUCAGUGUAACCUGGAUGGGUUAAAGUUUUGACAGAGGCAAAUAUUUUAACCCUUCCUGACUUCUGUUACAGCCACACAUGCAUGUCAGACACUACGGCAGGGGGUGGGGCGAGUAUGCGUUUUUAAAAUGGGAAAUGUUACAGUGUUCUGCACUUUGAAAUCAGACAUCUGAAUUAUGCAUAUGUGGCAUCACUGCUAUGUGGUUAAAGAGUACUACAGAGGUUUUUAUCUGCUUUUAAAGUAUGCAAACACUCAGCUGCGCUUUAUCCAUAAUUAAUUAGAUGUGGCAGAUUUUGUGCAGUGUUUCAAAUCAGUGUGCCUUUCUAGCUCUGAAUUUUGUGAUCAAGUCUUUUGAGAUGUUUAGAUUUGUUGUAUUGCAAUGUCAAAUCAGUGAGGCUGUUGCUGAUCUGUGAAUCCAUGGUUAAGAUACUGAUGACAAAUAAAAAGUA